AUGUUCGACAUAGACUGGAUGGGCCUCGUGCUCCCUUUCGCCUACCUCUUGGUUCUCGGCGGCGUUUUCAUGACCUUCUCCAAAAUCUACAGACAACGGAAAGCCACCCAAAGCGCUAACCUCGCUCCUUGGUUCGGCCCUCAUCUGCAGCGCAACAUCUACCUGUCCCUCCUGCACAUCGGAUCUCCCGAAGAAGGCCAGAAAGACAAGACGCCCAAGAUCCCCGACACCGUCAUCCGCGCCGCUCUCCUCCGCCGCGCUGUCGAGGACAUCCACCGUCUGGUUCAGAUCCGCUCUGCGAAGCAGGCCUGCAGCACGUUGCUGCAACGGGGAAGCGUCGGCGAUGACUUGUGGCAACGCUUCCAGCGCGCCGAGAAGGAGAUGGAGGACGAGCUGCGCGACGUCGUGAUGGAGGCCAACGCUCUCGCUCCCAACUGGGGCCAGUCGAUCUUCCAGUCCGCCAACGAGAUCGCCGCCAACACCAUUGUGCGCAACCGCCUCGAAGAGGUCGCCAACACCGUCGACCAGGAAAAGGAGUGGUGGGAGAAGCGCAGGGCGACCAUUCAGACCGAAUUCAUGAAGGAGCUUGACGAGUCCGAGAAGAGCUCGACCGCACCGCCCAGUGUCGACGGCGACGCUGUUCUCGUUGACUCGACCACCAGCACGCCCUCCAAGAAGAAGAAGGGCAAGAAAUAG